AUGGCCAAAGGCCUAGAGAAGGGACACAGCCUGGGGAGUAGGGGAAAAGGUGGCUUCAUGGAAGAACGGGGGAACAGGUCAGGAGUGUCUCUGGGACCCCCUCCAACUCUCCAGGCGAAUCAAGGAACCCUUGGGCCACAGGUGGGCCCAGUGGCCCCUGGCGAGGUGGUGGAGACUGCAGGUGCGGUGUGCAAGUUCUCCAGACAGUGGCUGAGCUGGUGGCAGGCCCAAGAGUCCUGCGACCAGCGGUCUGGCCACCUAGCGCUGCGGCCUCCCGGUGGCGCUCUUGCUCCACGGCUACGCGACACGGUCUGGGUGGGCCAAAGAGAGGCUACUCUGCGGAGACCCCCGCGGAGGCGCGCGCGCACCACGGCCGCGCUGGUGUUCGGCGAGAGGACGGCGGACAAGGCGGCGCGGCUGCGGACACCCCUGCCCUCGCUGAGGGCGCUGACGGUCUGCGCGCACGUACAGUGGGACGCCGCGACGCCCGACGUGGCCGCGCUCUUCUCCCUCGCGGUGCCCGCGUUGGCCAACGCGCUGCAGCUGCGCGCCUUCGCCGAGCCGGGCGGCACCGUGCGCGCUGCGCUAGUGGUGCGCGGGCACCACGCGCCCUUCCUCGCCGCCUUCCGUGCCGACGGCCGCUGGCACCACGUGUGCGCCACGUGGGAGCAGCGCGGCGGGCACUGGACGCUGUUCGCCGACGGGCGGCGGCGCGCUGGGGCACGAGGGCUGGCCGCGGGCCACUCGGUGCCGCCCGGGGGCAUCCUGGUGCUGGGCCAAGAUCAGGACUCUCUGGGCGGCGGCUUCUCGGCGCGUGACGCCUUCAGUGGCAACCUUACCGACUUCCACCUGUGGGCCCGGGCGCUGAGCCCCGCGCAGCUGCUCGGGGCACGAGCCUGCGCGCCGCCCCCAGGCGGCCUUCUCUUCCGCUGGGACCCGGGCGCUCUGGACGUCACGCCCUCGCUGCUGCCCGCCGUGCGGGUGCGCCUGCUCUGUCCGGUGCCCUCGGAGGAGUGCCCCACGUGGAACCCAGGACCUCGCACCGAGGGCUCCGAGCUCUGCCUGCAGCCGCGGCCCUUCCUCUGCUGCUACCGGCCAGAGACCUACCGGCGGCUACAGGAUGCCCAGUCAUGGCCUGGCCAGGAUGUUAUCAGCCGAGUCAAUGCCUUGGCCAACGCUAUUGUGCUCCUCCCAGAUCCUCUCUCCGAAGCCCACGGGGUCCUGUCCCUGGCCGAGGCCUCCAGAUUCCUGGACAUCCUGGAAAGAGUCCUGGCUAAGGAGGCGGCUCCACUGGGGCCGGCGGCGCUGCUGGCUGUUGUGCACUUCCUGAAGAGGGUGACGGCCCUCGGGGCUGGGGAGCCAGAGCCCUCGACAGGGCCCUGGGAGCAGCUGGGCCAGAGUGUCAUGUCUGUGGCCAGCCUGGUCCUGGAGGAGCAGGUGGCUGACGCGUGGCUGUCCAUCAGGGAGGUGGUUGGCGGACCUAUGGCCCUGGUGGCCAUCGUGCAGCGCCUGGCACCCCUGCUGAGCACCAUGCUGACCUCAGAGCGGCCCCAAAUACACAUCCAGCACCACCAUGCCGGCCUCUCUGGAGUCUCCGUGAUCCACGGCUGGUUCACCUCGAGAAUCUUCCAGCACACCCUGGGGGAGCCUGGCCUAGAGCCCCAGGCCUCUGACAGCGUGGAGGAGGCGAGCAGGGUGCAGAGGUUCCUACACACCCAGGUGGGGUCAGCCAUCAUCUCCUCUGAGGUGUGGGAUGUCACUGGGGAGGUCAACACGGCCGCGACCUUUCACCUGCAGCACCAGGCGCAGUCACCCUCCAUUCCCUCUGCACCCCGAAGCCCAGACACAGGGGGCGCCUGGGCCACCACCGGCUGCUCCGUGGCUGCCCUGUACCGGGACUCGACCGCCUGCUUCUGCAACCACAGCACCAACUUCGCCGUCCUGUUGCAGGUGUAUGACGUGCAGAGGAGCCCUGAGGAGGAGUCACUGCUGAGGACUCUCUCAUUUGUGGGCUGUGGCGUGUCCUUCUGUGCCCUGGUCACCACCUUCUUGCUGUUCCUGGCGGCUGGGGUCCCCAAGUCGGAGAGAACCACAGUCCACAAGAACCUCACCUUCUCCCUGGCCUCUGCCGAGGGCUUCCUCAUGGCCAGCGAGUGGGCAAAGGCCAACAAGGUGGCAUGUGUGGCUGUCACAGCUGCAAUGCACUUCCUCUUUUUGGUCGCGUUCUCCUGGAUGCUGGUGGAGGGACUACUGCUGUGGAGCAAGGUGGUGGCCGUGAGCAUGCGCCCGGGCCCAAGGAUGAGGCUCUACUAUGCCACAGGCUGGGGCGUGCCUGUGGGCAUCGUGGCCAUCACCCUGGCCGCGUUCCCCCGUGACUACGUGGCCCCUGGACACUGCUGGCUCAACGUGCACACGGACGCCAUCUGGGCCUUUGUGGGGCCUGUGCUCUUCGUGUUGACUGCCAACACCUGGAUCCUGGUCCGCGUGGUGAUGGUCACCGUGUCCAGCGCCCGCCGCCGUGCCCGCAUGCUGAGCCCACAGCCCUGCCUGCAGCAGCAGGUCAGGAUGCAGCUAUGGGCCACCGUGAAGCCCGUGCUGGUUCUGCUGCCUGUCCUGGGCCUGACCUGGCUGGUCGGCCUCCUGGUGCACCGCGGCCCAGCCUGGGCCUAUGCUGCCGUGGGCCUCAACGCCUUCCAGGGGCCGUACAUCUUCCUGGUCUAUGCAGCCUACAAUGGGGAGGUGCGGAGCGCCCUGCAGAGGAUGACUGAGAAGAAGGCGGCUGAGACCCGCUGCAGCCCCACCUGCCGGGGGGCCAGGCCUCAGCCCCCAGGUCCCUGGGAGGUGGCGCAGGGCAGCCCUGUAGCCUUGGCUGCCCCUGGAAGACAAGUGGCUCUCAGAGGGACCCGCGGCCCCAGAAUCCCCACGGCCUUCUCCUCCAUCACAGAACCCGAGAGACCGAACCUGAAUGCCAAGGCCAUUGUGGAGGGAGGGAAGAAGGGAGUCAUCGCCAAGGUAGCCAGGGGCCCCCAGGGCAAGGGGGAGCAGCAGGAGUGGGGCCCACCCCCCUGA